AUGAAAUUGCUCAUCAUCUCAUAUGUUUUAGUUGCUGUAAUCAGUGCAGGUUUUAUUCGCCCAUACUUCGGUAACGGUCGAUAUCCAUUACAACCAAGUCCAUUUGGCCCAGGACCGCAUGGUUUUGGAUCAAUGGUUCAACCAUACAACUAUCGCCGUAAUUACAAUAGACAUCAACACAGAAGAAAUGAUUAUAUGAGUUUUGAUGAACCAUUCGGAUAUCAAUCAGUUUAUGGAUCCAAAUAA